AUGAUUAUUAUUGUGUAUCACAACAAAUAGAAGAUUAAGAUUGUUUUAGCAUAACCAUCUUUAUAAUUGCUGUAUAAGCUUGUCUAAGAAAAUUUAAAAUUACCAUAUGAUUUUGAACUCAGAGACAAGAAGAAUAAAAUUUUAUUUGAUUUAUUUGACGGAUUAGAAACAAACGUUGUGGAAGUGCCGACAAUGAAUUAAAAAAUCAAAUCCAAAACAGUUAAUGAUCAAUAGUCUUUUAGAGUAGGUAGGAAUAGAAUUCAAUCAUUAAAUUUAUAAAGUUCCCAAAAGGAAUCUAACUCAGAUUUUUCCACUCAGAAUGAUUUAACUCAAAAUUAAUAAAAUAAAAGGGAGCAAAUAAUUUAAAGAAUGAUGGAAGACAAAUUAUAUAGAGAAGAGUAGCAGAAAAUAAAUUCUGAUGGAAAUAAGCUUAUUAAACAAAUCUAGAAAAGAAUAAAACUAAAAGAAUAAGUGUUCAAAUUGAAGGAUGAAGCUUUGAAUCUUUCUGAAUUAGAGAAAAAGAAGAUCAUCUUGGCAUAGAGGAGAGAACUAAGUUAACCAAUUAGGUUGGAUGCCUUGACUGAACAUCAAAAGAGAUAUGAAGAGGAAAAAUUUCAAAAAUUGAAAUAGAGGCAAUAAUAAAAGCAAGAACUAGAUGAAGAAUUCAAAAUGAAAUUGAUUAAGUUUCCUAAAAGUUAAGCAUUAGUUCGUCUUGAAGAGGAACAAGCUAAAUUAAAACUAUCUCAAUAAUAAGCCUCUGAACAAAAGAAAUUGUUGAAAUAAAAAUAAUUAAGAUAUGGAGAAUCUGUAAAGGAUAGCUUUCUUAAGGACAUUCCCAGACAUUCCAUUUCACCUAUUAAGCAAACAUAAGAGUAAAACAGCACUUAAAAAUCUCAAUUAGAAAUCGCCAAAUAAAACAUAAAGAAAUUAUAAAGCCUAUUGGAAGAAAGAAAAGUAGAUAAAAUCUUAAUAUUGCCUGAAAGAAGAAGUGUGAACGACAUUAGACAAAGAGGUCAAAAUUCAUUAAUUGAAAUUAAACAAAACAAUAAAAUUGAUAACAUCGAAAAACCAUAUACAACAGAUCAUAAAAAUUUAAUAUCAAAGAGAAAAGUCUUAAAGUCUGGAUUAAAUUCUGCAAACUUUCCAUCGUCUUUACAUGAAAUUAAACCCAUCUAUUUUGAAGAAAAAUAUUAAAAUGUCUUGAAUUCUAUUAUGCAAUUAGAACAAAAAUGUAAGGAAAAAGAAAAAAAACUUAUACUAAAUAAAUCAUAAAUAUUAGAAGAGGAGGAGAACUAAAAGUUUAUUGAAAAUUUAAGAUAAAAAUUAGCUUUGAUUUGA